AUGGAGCUGUCUUGGAAGGCAGUCUUUUCUGUGCUCCUCCUAGGUUUUCCGUGCUGGGGGGCAGACUGGGAAUCUGAUAGAGAUUUCAUUUCCGCCGCGGGUCCGCUCACCAAUGCCUUACUGCACAGCCUGAGCGGUCCGCUGGGAAACCAGGGCUCUGAUUCUGUAGCAGGGGACAAGGACAUUUAUGUAUGCCGCCAGCCACUGCCCACUGCCCUGCCAGAGUACUUCAGCAGUCUUCGUGACAGUGAGGUCACCCAUUAUAAAGUAUUCCUGUCGUGGGCACAGCUCCUCCCGGCGGGAAGCGCCGGGGACCCCGACGGGACGGCCGUGCAGUGCUACCGGCGGCUGCUUGAGGCCCUGCGGGGCGCGGGGCUGCGGCCCAUGGUCGUGCUGCACCAGCAGCGCCUCCCCGCCGGCGCGGCCGCAAGGAGCCGCGUCUUCGCCGAUCUCUUCGCAGACUACGCCACGUUCGCCUUCCGCUCCUUUGGGGACCUAGCUGACAUCUGGUUCACCUUUAGUGACUUGGAGGGCGUGAUGCUGGAGCUUCCCCACCAGGAAUCCAGAGCUUCACGUCUCCAGACCCUCACUGACGCCCACAGAAGAGCCUACGAGAUUUACCACGAAAAAUACGCCUCUCGGGGCGGAAAGCUCUCUGUUGUCCUGCGAGCUGGAGAGAUCUCGGAGUUCCUGUUGGAGCCAACCACAUCCGCCCUUGUCCAGGACUCGGUCGAUUUCCUCUCUCUUGAUUUGUCUUACGAAUGCCAAAAUGAGGCGAGUCUGCCACAGAAGCUCAGUGAAUUGCAGACAAUUGAGCCAAAAGUGAAAGUUUUCAUCUUUAACCUGAAACUCCAGGACUGCCCCUCCAGCAGGAAGAGCCCAGACACGUUACUCUUCAGCCUUCUUGAAGCCAUAAAUAAAGACCAAGUGCUCACCGUUGGGUUUGACAUUGAGGAAUUCCUGAGUUGUUCAUCAAAUUCCAAGAAAAGCGAGUGGUGUUCUCUGACUGACAGCCUGACCCUUCGGAGGGACCAGCAGCAGGACCAGGAGGUGGAAGUCGGCCCCUCGUCCCCGGGCUCUGCCUAUCAGACAGUCUGGGGACGGUUUGCCAACCAGUCCAGGGCGGAAAGGGACGCCUUCCUGGAGGAUGUCUUCCCCGAAGGCUUCCUCUGGGGCGUCUCCACGGGAGCCUUUAGCGUGGAAGGCGGCUGGGCGGAGGGCGGGAGAGGGCCAAGCGUCUGGGACCGAUUUGGGCUCCUGAACGCCGCCAAGGGCCAAGCGACACCAGAGGUGGCCAGCGACAGCUACCACAAGGUGGCCUCUGACGUGGCCCUGCUUCGCGGCCUCCGGGCUCAGGUGUACAAGUUCUCCAUCUCCUGGUCCCGGAUCUUCCCUACGGGGUACGGGACCAGCCCCAGCCCCGCAGGUGUCGCCUACUACAACAAGCUGAUCGACAGCCUGCUGGACUCGCGCAUCCAGCCCAUGGCCACGCUGUUCCACUGGGACCUGCCGCAGGCCCUGCAGGAUCGCGGCGGGUGGCAGAACGAGAGCGUGGUGGAUGCUUUCCUGGACUACGCAGCCUUCUGCUUCUCCACCUUUGGGGACCGCGUGAAGCUGUGGGUGACCUUCCACGAGCCAUGGGUGAUGAGCUACGCAGGCUACGGCACCGGCCAGCAUGCUCCGGGCAUCUCUGACCCUGGGGUGGCCUCUUUUAAGGUGGCUCACUUGGUCCUCAAGGCUCAUGCCAGGACUUGGCACCACUACAAUAACCACCAUCGCCCACAGCAGCAGGGGCGUGUGGGCAUUGUGCUGAACUCAGACUGGGCAGAACCCCUGUCUCCAGAGAAGCCUGAGGACCUGCAAGCCUCUGAGCGCUUCCUGCACUUCAUGCUGGGCUGGUUUGCACACCCCAUCUUUGUGGAUGGAGACUACCCCGCUGUCCUGAGGGCCCAGAUCCAGCAGAUGAACAAACAGUGCCCCAGUCCUGUGGCCCAGCUCCCUGAGUUCACUGAGGCAGAGAAGCAGCUCCUAAAAGGCUCAGCUGAUUUCCUAGGUCUGUCUCAUUACACCUCCCGCCUCAUCAGCAAGGCUGAGCAAGACAACUGCACCCCUGGCUAUGAUGCCAUCGGAGGCUUCUCCCAACACGUGGACCCUGCAUGGCCCCAGACCUCAUCCUCUUGGAUUCGUGUGGUGCCCUGGGGUAUAAGGAGGCUGUUGCAGUUUGUAUCCUUGGAAUACACUAGAGGAAAAGUGCCAAUAUACCUGGCUGGGAAUGGCAUGCCCAUAGGGGAAGGUGAAGACCUCCUUGAGGAUUCCUUGAGAAUCGACUACUUCAACCAGUACAUCAAUGAGGUGCUCAAGGCUAUCAAGGAGGACUCCGUGGAUGUUCGCUCUUACAUCGCUCGUUCCCUCAUUGAUGGCUUCGAAGGCCCCUCUGGUUACAGCCAGAGGUUUGGGCUGUACCAUGUCAACUUCAAUGACAGCAGCAAGCCGAGGACUCCCAGGAACUCUGCCUACUUUUUCACCAGCAUCAUUGAAAAGAAUAGUUUUGUCACCAAGGUAGUAAAAACGCUGUCACCACUGAAAACAGCAAAUUUUUCCUCCAAAAUCAAAGCCUUCACUUUUCCAUCUGAGGUGCCCUCCAAGGCUAAAAUUGUUUGGGAAAAGUUCUCCAACCAACCCAAGUUUGAAAGAGAUUUGUUCUAUCACGGCACGUUCCGGGAUGACUUUCUAUGGGGCGUGUCCUCGUCGGCCUAUCAGAUCGAGGGAGCUUGGGACGCUGACGGCAAAGGCCCCAGCAUUUGGGAUAACUUUACCCACAGCCCAGGGAGCAAUGUGAAAGAAAACGCCACCGGAGACAUAGCCUGUGACAGCUAUAACCAACUGGAUGCCGACCUGAACAUGCUUCGCGCUUUGAAGGUCAAGGCCUAUCGCUUCUCUCUCUCCUGGUCUCGGAUUUUCCCCACUGGGAGAAACAGUUCCAUCAACAGUCACGGUGUUGAUUACUACAACAGGCUGAUCGAUGGCCUGGUGGCCAGCAACAUCACUCCCAUGGUGACACUGUUCCACUGGGACCUGCCCCAGGCCCUCCAGGAUAUCGGCGGCUGGGAGAACCCUUCCUUGAUUGAGCUGUUUGACAGCUAUGCAGACUUCUGUUUCCAGACCUUUGGUGACAGAGUCCAGUUCUGGAUGACCUUUAAUGAGCCCUUAUACCUGGCCUGGUUGGGUUACGGCUCAGGGGAGUUUCCCCCGGGUGUGCAGGACCCCGGCUGGGCGCCCUACAGGAUCGCCCACGCGGUCAUCAAAGCCCACGCCAGAGUCUAUCACACUUACGACGAGAAAUACCGGCAGAAGCAGAACGGGGUCAUCUCGUUGAGCCUCAACGCACAUUGGGCAGAGCCCAAGUCGCCGGGGGUCCCAAGAGACGUGGAGGCAGCCGACCGAAUACUGCAGUUCUCCCUGGGCUGGUUUGCCCACCCCAUUUUUAGAAACGGAGACUACCCCAAUGCCAUGAAGUGGAAAGUGGGGAACAGGAGUGAACUACAACAUUUAGCCACCUCCCGCCUGCCGGGCUUCACUGAGGAAGAGAAGACAUACAUUAGUGGCACGGCUGACGUCUUCUGCCUCAACACCUACUACUCCAGAAUCGUGCAGCACAAAACACCCUCGCUGAACCCGCCCUCCUAUGAAGAUGACCAGGAGAUGGCCGAGGAGGAGGACCCUUCCUGGCCUUCCACGGCCUUGGGCGGCGCUGUGCCCUGGGGGAUGCGAAGGGUGCUGAACUGGAUCAAGGAAGAGUAUGGUGACAUCCCCAUCUACGUCACCGAAAAUGGGGUGGGGCUGACAGAUUCGGAGCUGGAGGAUACCGACAGGAUAUUCUACCACAAGACCUACAUCAAUGAAGCUUUGAAAGCCUACAGGCUCGAUGGUGUAGACCUUCGAGGGUACUCCACCUGGUCUCUGAUGGACAACUUUGAGUGGCUCAAUGGCUACACAGUCAAGUUUGGACUGUACCAUGUUGACUUCGAUAACGUGAACAGGCCUCGCACAGCAAGAGCCUCCGCCAGCUACUACACAGAGGUCAUUACCAACAACGGCAUGCCGCUGCCCGAGGAGGAUGAGUUUCUGUAUGGGCAGUUUCCCCAGGGCUUCAUCUGGAGUGCGGCUUCUGCUGCCUAUCAGAUUGAAGGUGCGUGGAGAGCAGAUGGCAAAGGACUCAGCAUUUGGGACACGUUUUCUCACACGCCACUGAAGGUCGAGAACGAUGACAUCGGAGACGUGGCCUGCGACAGUUACCACAAGAUCGACGAGGACUUGGUGGUCCUGCAGAACCUGGGCGUCUCCCACUAUCGCUUUUCCAUCUCCUGGACGCGCAUCCUCCCGGAUGGAACCACCCAGAACAUCAGUGAGGCGGGCCUCAGCCACUACUCGCGGUUCAUCGACAGGCUGCUGGCCGCCAACAUCCAGCCCCAGGUGACCAUUUACCACUGGGACCUGCCCCAGGCGCUCCAGGAUGUGGGAGGCUGGGAGAAUGAGACCAUCGUGCAGCGAUUUACGGAGUAUGCAGAUGUGCUCUUCCGGAGGCUGGGAGACAAGGUGAAGUUUUGGAUCACACUGAAUGAGCCCUACGUCAUCGCCAACCAGGGCUAUGGCUACGGGACAGCAGCUCCAGGAAUCUCCUCGAGGCCUGGCACUGCACCCUACAUUGCUGGCCACAACCUAAUCAAGGCUCAUGCUGAGGUCUGGCAUCUGUACAAUGACGUGUACCGUGCCAGUCAAGGUGGCAUGAUUUCCAUCACCAUCAGCAGUGACUGGGCUGAACCCAGAGACCCCUCCAACCAGGAGGAUGUGGAAGCAGCCAGGAGAUACGUUCAGUUUAUGGGAGGCUGGUUUGCACAUCCUGUUUUCAAGAAUGGAGACUACAACGAGGUAAUGAAGACACGAAUCCUUGACAGGAGCCUGGCCGAAGGCCUCAACAAGUCCCGGCUGCCGGAAUUUACAGAGAGUGAGAAGAGGAGGAUCAACGGUACCUAUGACUUUUUUGGGUUCAAUCACUACACCACUGUCCUGGCCUACAACCUCGACUAUCCUUCCAACACCUCUUCCUAUGAUGCAGACAGGGGAGUUGCUUCCAUCGCAGAUCGCUCUUGGCCGGACUCUGGCUCCUCCUGGCUGAAGGUGACACCUUUUGGCUUCAGGAGGAUCCUGAACUGGCUAAAGGAGGAGUACAACAACCCUCCGAUCUAUGUAACCGAGAACGGGUUUUCCCACCGGGGAGAAACAGACCUCAACGACACUGCAAGGAUCUACUACCUCCGCACUUACAUCAAUGAGGCCCUCAAAGCUGUGCAGGAUGAGGUGGACCUUCGAGGAUACACGGUUUGGAGUAUGAUGGACAACUUCGAGUGGGCCACAGGCUUCUCAGAGAGAUUUGGUCUGCAUUUUGUGAACUACACUGACCUUUCUCUGCCAAGGGUCCCCAGAGCAUCAGCCAAGUUCUAUGCCUCUGUAGUCCGGUGCAAUGGCUUCCCUGACCCCGCUGCAGGGCCUGACCCCUGUCUCCAACAGCCGGAAGAUGGUGGACCCACCCUCAGCCCCGUGCGAGGGGAGGUUCAGUUCCUGGGGCUGACGCUCGGCACCGCAGCGGCAAAGACGGCUUUGUAUGUUCUCUUUUCUCUUGUGCUUCUUGGAGCCUGUAGCUUGGCAUUUCUGUCCUACAUGCACUGCAAGAGCUCCAAGCAAAGGAAAACACAGCCAAGCCAACCGGAAUUGAGCCCUGUUUCUUCAUUCUGACAAGUUACCGCCUCCUCAAGUUCUGUGAGGCAGGCCUAGUUCCUUUACGUACCUUUGCUGGCCACAAAACUCCUAGGGUCUUGGAUUCUGCCUGUACUCAACUUCUCCAUAAAAGCUUGCUGCACUGUUAUAGAUGCCUUUAAUCUCCAAGGAUUUUGAGUUCCUGAUUAAAAUGAAAAUAUCUGCAUUUUGCCCCAGUAUCAGAGUUCAUUUGGGCAUUUGAGGAGAGAGCAGGUGGCUCAUCUGGAAACGUGCAGAUACGGAACUGAUCUAGUGGGGUCUGUGAACCUCUUAAUUAACUGGGCUGCUGUUUCAGCCUUGUUAAAGGUGGAAUUGUGAGUCAAAACCAUAGAAAUCCUUUCUGUAAGAAAUCAACUCCACUGCGUAGACGGACUACAAUAUCACCUCCUGCCCUUCUUCAGUCUGCCCCUUGCC